AUGUGCGAGAUGGGACUUGAAGAAAAUAUACCAACAAUCGUUAUGUUUGGUGAUCAAUCGAGUGGCAAAAGUUCUGUUUUAAAACGUUUAACUGGCGGUUUACCAUUGACAGGGAUACGCACACUUAGUAUAGUUGAAAUUCAUUUGUUACAAGCUGAGGAGCCGUUACGUAAAAUCUCUUUAAGUUAUAUAGAAGACGAAAAUCAUCAACCGGUAUCUCCAAGGGAAGUCGAGUUUGCUAUUAUAACUGAAUUUGAUGAGGAAGAAAUUGAAGAAAAAUUGUGUGAAGCUCAACGUUAUAUAAAAAAUCCGAGUAUUUCAGAUGUUCAAAAUACACGAUUGCCACCUGAUUCUGAUGAGUUAGCUUUUACAAAAAAUGCUGUAUGUGUUACAAUCAGCGGUCCAGACCAGAUAUACAGUUUAUCCAUAAUCGACUUGCCAGGAGUUGUAAGAAAUGAUGAAAGCUACGAAAAUUUCGCAUUGUCUUUAAUAAAAGAAUAUACUAAAAAAGAAACGACAAUUUUGAUGCCUGUAUUUCAAGCAACUUCUGGAAUAGAUACACAAUGCGCAUAUCGUCUUGCGCGUGAAGCAGAUCCUACUGGUCAACGUACAGUGGGCGUCUUAACGAAAAUGGAUCGUAUUGUCGAUUAUCCAAAUGAUGACGAAAAACAUCUUGAACUUGCUACUCUUGUAAAAGGUCAAGGGGAACACAAACUUGUAAAUGGUACUUACGUUAUAAGAAAUCCUACCAAUUCAGAAAAUUAUGUGGACCCAGAUGAGUUGGAAAAAGAGACAAUUAGAGCUCUUAAACAACUAAGAAUCUGGAGAGAUAUACCACAUGAUCGAUAUGGGUUACAAUUUCUAACAAUAAAAUUAAGUGAAUUACACAGAAAUUUACGUGAGCGGUCAUUGAUCUGA